GGUUGCAAGAGCAUUGUUGUAGUUCGCUGCUUAGCUAAUUUUAUCCGGGCAGCUUCCUCCUCGCUAUUAAAAGUGCACAUAGAACAGCAUCUUAAUUUUAAGGCCAACGUGUUGUGUUUCAGUAACACCAACACAGUACUCGUAUGAAGUUGUUUACCGUUUAACUUUAACUCCAGACUAGCCACUCAACUAACGUUCGCUUCACUACUAGCAAGUCAAGCUAGCAAAUGUGUUUGUCUAUGCACACCAGUCUAGCUAGCUAGCUAACUCAAGUUCCUAAAUUCGCAGGAAUGAACCAUAAAAGUAAGAAGAGGAUCAAAGAGGCGAAGCGGAGCGCCAGACCUGAGCUGAAGGACUCUUCAGACUGGACGAAACAUGACUAUUGCGAGACUUUCGAUGUGUCACACCGCUCAGUGAAGGACAAUGUUGAGCGUGUGGACACCCUGCGUCUCAGCGCAGAGGAGUUCAUCCAGCGCUUCGAGAGGCCCUACAAACCUGUGGUGCUGCUCAACUGUCAGGACACCUGGCCCGCCCGCGAGAAGUGGACCAUGGAGCGCCUCAAACGUAAGUACCGCAACCAGAAGUUCAAGUGUGGUGAGGACAACGACGGUUACUCUGUGAAGAUGAAGAUGAAGUACUACGUGGAGUACCUGGAGUCCACACAGGACGACAGCCCACUCUAUAUCUUCGACAGCAGCUACGGCGAGCACGCCAAGCGCCGUAAACUGCUGGAGGACUACCAGGUGCCAGUUUACUUUAGGGACGACCUCUUCCAGUUCGCCGGGGAGAAGCGCCGGCCUCCUUACAGAUGGUUUGUAAUGGGUCCUGCCCGCUCUGGCACUGGCAUCCACAUUGACCCGCUGGGUACGAGUGCCUGGAAUGCCCUGGUGCAGGGGCACAAGCGCUGGUGCUUGUUCCCCACCCACACGCCCCGGGAGCUGAUCAAGGUGACCCGGGAGGACGGGGGCAACCAGCAGGACGAGGCCAUCACCUGGUUUAACGUGGUGUACCCACGCACCCAGCAGCCUACCUGGCCUGCUGAGUUCAGACCACUGGAGAUUCUGCAGGGACCAGGGGAGACCGUGUUUGUUCCUGGAGGCUGGUGGCAUGUGGUUCUCAACAUGGACACCACCAUCGCUAUCACUCAGAACUUUGCCAGCACCACCAACUUCCCCAUCGUGUGGCAUAAAACUGUACGGGGCCGGCCCAAACUAUCAAGGAAGUGGUAUCGUAUCCUGAAGCAGGAGAGGCCAGACAUUGCUACCCUGGCAGACAAAGUGGACCUCCAGGAAUCGACUGGCAUCGCCUCGGACAGCUCCAGUGACUCUUCCUCCUCCUCUUCCUCCAGCUCCUCUGACUCAGACUCAGAGGCUGAGUCGGGCUCGGAGGGGGACGCCAUGUCUCACAGGCGGAAGAAGAGGAAGACAUGUGGCAUGAUAUCCAACGGAGACAGCAGCACCAAGGACGACUGUGUCAGCAAAGAGCGCAGCUCCUCCCGGUGACCCCCUCGCUCCACCCCGCCUCGCCAAAAGGCCACACCCAGGGGGACUCUCGCAUGAAGAGCGGCCAAUUUGUUUGUUUUCAUUUGUGUGUCUCCAAAGGAGAGUCUGGUGGCCCUCUGUCAGUCUGUUGGAUAGAUAAGAGGGCCAGCCUAACCCUAGGCUGUGAUAAAGGAGAUUCCCCCUGAGGCGUGGACCUGCUGGAGAUUUAUCUGCACCCGCUCAGCUUCUAGUCAAAUGUUAAUCUAUAUUGCUGUUGCUUGUGGGGUGUGGGAAGAGCAGUAUUUCAGUGCGAGGGAGGGGUGUUGACCUUUGGAGAGAGGUGGGCUGUUGCCUUGUUGUACACCAGGUACUGGGGCUGAGGCAGGGAGCCUAUCAGGCUGGCCUGUCUCCUCUACAGUGCCAUGGUCUUAUGUUGCUCAGUGGGGAAAUGUUUUCUAUUCACAGUGAGAUGAUGGAUGGAUAGGUGUGCUUUGGAUUGACUUUACUUUGCAGUACAUGGGAUGCCAGUUGAGUUUUAUCAUGGCAGAGUUGUGCAAUCAAAACAGUUAAUUCAGAAUCAGUUAAUUAAAUUAAAUGUUUAGCAAAUCAACAGUCCACAAUGCAGUCAAGACCAUUUAACAAAUCUAGAAAGCAAUGAUAUCAUAUUUAUCUGCUGUUGGCAUCUGUAGUGCAGACUAAUGCACACAUGUCUAGUGAAACAACAGCUUUUUCAAGAAUAGCCCAAGUCACCCAGCAACAACUGUAAAGGCCAAGGGAUCCCCCCUGACUGAGAUUUAGCCGGUUCAGCUUGACAUUCAAAAGCUUGACCUUUUAGGAGGAAAUUGCCUAUACUAUACUCCCUUAGCUCCAGGUUGGGUAAGAUUAAUCACUCUCAGGUGCCACAAAUGAAUGUUGGGCUAUCAACAACAAAAUUCCACCCAAGAAACCACAACAAUAUUGCCUGGUUAUGUAAUGUUUCUAUAACUUUAAUUAUUAUUAUAUAUUUUUAUUUUAUUUAACCUUUAUUUAGCUAGGCAAGUCAGUUAAAAACGAAUUCUUAUUUACAAUGACGGCCAAACCCGGAUGACGCUGGGCCAAUUGUGCGCCGCCCUAUGGGACUCCCAAUCAUGGCCAGAUGUGAUACAGCCUGGAUACGAACCAGGGACUGUAGUGAUGCCUCUUGCACUGAGAUGCAGUGCCGUAGAUCGCUGCACCACUCGGAAUUAAUUUAAUUACAUAUGGGUUACUCACACAAUUUUCAAAUUUGUAUGAUAACAAUUGUUAUUGUGUCUCGUGUAAAAGUGUGCCCUUUGCUGCUAUAUUAAUCAACAUUUUAAGAUGAAUGAAAUCAAACUAUUCAAUUUAUUUGAAAUUACACGGCUAUACUGUAGAUCAGGGGUGUCAAUUUUUUGUAUUUGUAUUUUUUUCCCAGGGAAUGAUCUCAAUUGGCAUGCCUAAAACCAAAUCUAAACUGUGUAGAAAUUAGUGGACAUAAUUUAUAGUCUCUAAACUCUGUCCAGCUUCUUAACAGUCAUCGAAAUGAAAGCUAGACAGUCGGGGAGCAUAGAAAAUUUGAUGGAUAGAGAACAAUUUUUUUGACAAUUUUGACAGCAAGGAAUAUAACCAAUACAAGUGGACCUCAGUGAAGACAGAAUGUGGCCCUUUGGGGCAAAAUGAGUGUAACACCCCUGUUGUAGAUGCUGGUUUCCCAGACCCAAAUCAUGCCUAUUCCUGGUCCAAAAAGCGCUUUCACAGAAGUCUCUAUCAUGGAUGCCUUUUAGUCCAAGAUUAGAAUGAACCUCUUUCCAGGAAAGGAGCCCGAGGUGUUUGAUCUUGUGUUUUCAUUCUGAGCCACCAUUUUAUAUUCUCCAUCGCAUACAGAAGGGGGCACCAAUGCCAGAGUUCUCACACUAGCUUGGCACUAGUGUGUUGGGGUUACAGUCCAGAAGAUACAGUAAGGGGGUUUGUGAAAUGUUGCAAAUACAUUUUAUGUGAGGGGAUAGGUAGAUAUUUUGGACAGACUAAAUUCAUGGUUCUUUCCAAGUGGCUUCUAGGUUAUGUGGCAUAUGCUGCUCUACAAUGAUUCAACUGCUUUGUAUUUCGUUAGUGUAAAUUCAAACAAAAGCAACUAGCUAAAACAUUACUGUUAUUCAGCAAAUACAAGUUAAUGGUUUAAAUGCAGUUUCUGCUUGUAUAACUUUGUUCUGUGGGGUUAACAUGGAGUCAAGUGAAUACUGUUUUUUUGUGUUUUAAAAAUUUGGCUUUGUCAUCUAAAAUUAUUGAAAGUACUUUGAAAUAUGUGAAUUGCUGUAUGUCUGUGCAGUAGGUGUUUUCCACUGUCUUUAGACAAAAGUGCCUAUAAGCACCAAUUGAUACUGUCAUUGGCCUGCAGAUGAGAGGUUGUGUUGCUACUUGUGGUCAAUGCGUCUGGUGUUUGCGCUGUUUUUAAUCCAUUAGGUGCUCACCUCAUGUCAAGCAUUUAGCACUAUUACGGUCCCUGGGGUCGGUCACCUAGUGCCUUGGAGCCAAUGGGGGAAUGGUGUGAACCAGGAGCCUACGUGGGUACAUCUCAGUUGUCUAAUGUGGCUUCCUUUGGUCGACCUCUUCCCUUCAGCCGCACUGAUCCAAAUCUACAGGACUGGAAAAAGGAAGCCCUCUAUUAGGGUUCUGUCAUAUUGCUUUCACCUAUCCUGUAGGUCCAGAUCAGGGCUUUCACCUAUCCUGUCGGUCCAGAUCAGGGCUUUCACCUAUCCUGUCUGGCCAGAUCAGGGCUUUCCCCUUUCCUGUCUGGCCAGAUCAGGGCUUUCACCUUUCCUGUCUGGCCAGAUCAGGGCUUUCACCUUUCCUGUCUGGCCAGAUCAGGGCUUUCACCUUUCCUGUCUGGCCAGAUCAGGGCAAAUAAAGGAGAAUGAUGAGGAAGCCAUUUUAAGAUAUUUAGAUGUACACCCAGACAUACCUUGACGCUAACUAGAUCAAAGUUAAUAAAUCAUUUUUUCAUGCA